GUUUUGACUAUCAGACACAAAAGUGAAUAUUAUAUAUGGAAUAAACAAAGACCCCGGACAAAGACAAUAGGUAGCUAUAGGCCUAAUUGGCAGAUCAGAUAAAGCGAGCGCACAGCGCAAGCUGAAAAUAUUGACAUUUACACCAUAAAACGGACAUUUUACAGGGGCGGAUCCAGCUUCCGCCAAUGGGGGGAGGGGCAAAUUUUACUGAAAAAUAGCGAAUCUUAGUACUUUUCAUCAAAACCUUCAGAAAUCCCCUAAAAUGCAUUAAAAAUCUCUAAAUUUAUUUUAUUUCCCUAAUAAUUGUUUCCAUCCCCAAAGGCUUCUCAAAAUUUUCCAAAUUUGCAAUGGAAAUCCCCAUAUGGCAACACUGAUUUCAAUACUACCGCAAUUCCAUAAGAUAAUGUGCUAUUUGCAAACGCUUGAUAACGAACGAGCUAUCGCAGCUCGAGUCAGCAAGGGCAGGGGAAUCAAGUGGGUUUUAACGGCGCCUAGCUGGCUAUCAGCGGGAAAGCUUCGGGUACAGAUCAACUCAAGCCUCCGUACUCAUUGCCUGGAGAAGUGAAUCAAUCAUGGCGGCACAGCAGAUAUUUAGGGUUGGAGUUUCUUGCUCCAACUCCAAUUUGGCCGUGUUGAGGCAGACUUUUUUGGUCGGAGCCACUGUAAAAGGAUCAUGUUCGUUGCAUCUAAAUCAACCUUCUCGAAACAAAGGCACAAAUAGCAUUCUAGGCAACUUCUUCGGCUACAAAUUCUUUGAUCGGUUCGAUGAACGAAGCAAGAUUGUUGUGCUAGAUGGCAACAUUGGUGCCGGGAAGACCAAACUGGCCAAGGGACUAGCUGACCAGCUUGGGAUGAAAUACAUGAAGGAGGCUACCAUUCAUUAUUUUGAUGAGAAAGAACUUGGAGAAGGAAAGAAAUAUGAUGACAAAUUCAUGGGGUCCUGCUCAUUGGAACGCUUCUAUGCUGAUCCCUUUGCAAAGGACGGGCAUUCCUUUCGCUUCCAGCUUGCCAUGUAUGCAGUAAGGUUCGUCCAGUAUGCAGAUGCACUACAACAUCUCCUAGAAACAGGUCAAGGUGUAGUGUUAGAAAGGUCAGUGUAUAGUGACAGUGUCUUCAUGGAAGCCAUGUUCAAAAUGGGCUACUUCAGAAGAGAAUGUUACGACUAUUAUAAUGAAGUCCAAAAGAUCUCCCUGUACCGUCUCAAACCGCCUCACUGCGUCAUCUACAUGGACACACCUGUUUCAGAUCUGAUUGACAAUGUCAAGUCUAGAGGUUUGGAAUACGAGCAGAACAUCCCUGUUGAAUACCUAGAAGCACUAGAGGAAGAAUACAAACACAAGUUCCUUCCAGCUAUGCAGGAGACUUCGGAGGUCAUGGUCUAUGACAAGAAUGCUCCUCGCGAUGUAGAAAGGGUGGUAGAAGAUUUUGAUAUGCUAAAGUUUGAACACCUACCAUGGAAUGAGAUGACUGAUGACAACUUUGACAAGCUUUACAGAUUUGUCCGUGACAAGAGGAGGGUAGCACAGUGCAUGUGGAUGCCCAAGUACCUCCCUGAGAUUACCUUUGGUGCAGAACAGUUCAACGAACUCACCGUUGAGUUUGAAGAGAAGCAUUCAGUAGGAAAAGGUUAUGCACCAGACUUAAAUCCUGACCAGCCUUUCUCCAAGCUUUUCUUCAAGUAGAACCUUUGCAAUCAAGAAUUCAACCAAGGCCACUAUCAAAAUGGACACCAAACUAGAACUAAACCAAACACCCUCAAUAUCAUACCAUGUAAUGGAUGUUAAUAAUGACAUCAGUCAGUGUUAAUGAAGGACAAUACCCUUACGUGCUAAGGUUACACCCUGGAGUUUGAACUUGAGCAACAAAUAACAUUGGAAAAGCAACAAAUGUGUUACAACACCACUGGAUUUUGAAAUGCAUGAAACGCAUUAGAAUAAGCACUGGUGUAAAUGUCUAGUGCAGUCUGCUACAAUGUAUGUACAGCUACGGUGUAAUAUGUUAAAACCACAACUUUCAGUGUUUACGUGGCUUCCGUGGAAAUUUGGUGCUGGUGUUGGUGUGGUGUUCAUGGCAUGAAUCUGGCUACCUGACAUAGCUACAGUUCCAAAUGUAGGUUUAGAAAACAGAUACCCAACACAGUAGUGAUAUCUCAAUAUUGGCCAAACACCAGCACCAUAUGUUAAAACUGAACUGAAAGUUACCAAUUGUAUAUGUAGCUGCUGUAAUUAUUUUCUACAUUGCAAUUGUGAUUUUGAGAUGAAUCAUUGGUUUUCCUUCUUUAGUGAGUACAUGUAAGUACCCUUUAAAGCCAAAUUAUGUAGAAGAAUCCCAGAUAUCUGUCGAAUUCUGGGUCAUUAUUUUCGAUGUGGAAGAUCAGUAUAUUGCAGGUAAAGCUUGUCAAAUGAUAAUGAAAGGAUAGGAAGAAACCGGUCCACUCCAUUUUGAUAUUGGCCACUUAUUCAGUAUUUAAUGUAUAUUUAUGAGAGGAAGGUAAUGUUCCCAUUGCCUUAUUCUUUACCCUUCGUAAAGCAGAUGAAUGCUUAGGUAGUCUUUUGUCUCCGUGGGAACAUGUCAUAGAACGAGAGACAUGUGGCACCACACAGGAAGCCACUACCGUAACGGUCACAUGUGAUUUCUUGUGCUUGCCUUGGUCCCAAUUCAUAAAGACUUCUUACAAUAACAAACACAAUUUCUAUAACAAAUUUAUUAUCAGCCAAUCAGAUUGAAGGAUUUCAGUAGCUUUUAACUGAUACUGUGCAAUUGUUAUUAUAACAAGUUUUAUGAAACAGACUCCUGUUCCUUAAUACAGAUCUGGAUUUUAACUAAGCAUGUUCAGUCAUUGUGUAUAGCACAUCCAUUCACACUCUGUGUGAGUGGUGGAAUAUGAUUUUACCUACAGUACAUGUUGUAUUGUACAAUCCUUGCUUGUAGAAUGUGAAUAGGGCAGUGGGAAUAGCUCAGUUUAACAGAUCAGUACAUUUGCAUCACUGCAUGACAUGACUGCGGAACAUGGAUUUAAUCAAGUCAAGAAAUCGGUAUGGAGAGAACUUCUGGCAUAAAAUCUAGUAGCAGCUAACUGUUUGUGACAGCUGUAAAAUAAGAAUAUCUUUUAAGUCGAAUUUUGUCUAAAAAGUCAAACAGAUUUUGGUUGUCCCAAGGGAUUUGACUUAGGCAGUCCCUGUACCACCAAGCAUUUCAAGGCAAGCAGUGCUGGAGGCCACCUGAUGAAAUUCACCUGCGGUUGAUUAUAUAAAUCUAAUGCAGUAGGUUACCAAGUCUCUGCAAGUUAACGGCAUGCAAGUGUAUUUAUCUGUCGAUCUCAUCCGUUUGUAAAUAAAGGAGUUUUGAGAUUUUAAAUGAAGAUUAAACACUUCUCUGUAACGCAGGCAAGUGUGAGAGAGAAAUUAAUAAAGCUAUAGGACUUGCUAUGCGGCAGUCUGAAACAUAAUGAAA